AUGAUUGCUAGAUCUAAUUGUUCUUAUAUAGAAAGUGUAGAUAUUAGUGACAAAGAGGAUAUAAAUAACAAAAUUAUAAAUGAUGAGGAUGAAGAGGAUAUUAAUAGUGAGGAUGAAGAGGAUAACAAUAAAGAGGAUGAAGUGGAUAACAAUGAAGAGAAUGAAGAGGAUAACAAUGAAGAUGAGAAAGACAUUAAUGAUGUAGAUAUUAAUAAUGAAAAGUCUAACAAAUCCAAA